AUGACUAGUAAAAAUGAAAUUAGACAAAGGAUGAGAAAAAUACUGAAGCUUAUACCACCAUCAGUACACAUGAAAAAAUCAGAACUUAUCCUAAAGCAGUUUUUAAGUAGUCCUGAAUAUUGUACUUCUCAAAGUUUGGCUGUCUAUAUUAACCUUCCUGAGGAACCCAACACGUUAUCAUUAAUUGGAAAAUCACUUAUUGAUGGGAAAAGGAUAUUUGUUCCACAAGUUAUAUCUUCUGCAUCCGACGACGACCCUCCCAUGUCUAUGCGUCUUGUUAAGUCAUUAGAAGAGAUUGACUUUUGGAAGUAUAAUAAAUGGGGAAUUAAAGAGCCUGAACCAGUUUCAUAUAUUGAACAGUUAAAUGAAAUUACAAGUCAGGGUGGAGUAGAUUUAUUCGUUGUGCCUGGGUUGGCUUUCACACGAAGUGGACAUCGUCUUGGUCGAGGAGGUGGAUAUUACGACCGAUACAUUGGGUGGUACACGAGACAAUGUCUUUCAGGAGUUUUUAAAAGAGCUAAAAGAGUUGCUCUAGCUUUCACCGAACAAAUAGUAGAUUAUAUUCCUUCGGAAACUCAUGAUUUAACUAUUGACCGGCUGUUUGUUGCAUAG